UUGUUAUUUACAAUGAAUAAAUGUAAAGGAGAUGUUAAAUAUCCUCUUGAUUUACUUAAAAAGAAACUUAAGAAGUAUCAAGACUUCAUUGACAGCAGUGAGCUUUCUGAUGAUCCCGAUGAAGUUCUUGUAGACCCUGGAUCAGAUGACUCGCUUGAUGACGACCAUAGUCAGAGUGUUUUAACAUCUGACUCUGAUUCCUCCUCAGAGGUUAUCAAAAAUGUCACGAAGGCGUCAAAGCAGUCACAUGAGACGACUGAGGCUGAAGCUCCUCAUCUUAGUGAUGCUGUCCGUAAACUUUUGGGCACCGAUAAACGAGCAACGAAAGACAAAACUUUCAAUUUUCAUCCUGAAUUAGUGGGAUGCUGGAAGGAUGUUCUUAAAUCUGGUUUGGAUAAAGAGGCAAAAUUGCGUAUGAUUGAUAUAGUCCCGAAUAAAGGUAAUUGCCCUCUUUCUGCGCCGGUUUUUAAUCCAGAGCUGAUCCCUCUCUUGCAUACGACGGCGCGUUCUCGUGACAAAUAUCUUUCCAACGACCAGGAUAUGUGUGGUCGUAGCCUUGUAGCCCUUGGUAUGGCUAUUUGCAGCAUUUUCAAUGACGAUUCAGAACCUGUGGACAAGGAUGAGCUCCUCUAACUUCUCUGCGACUCCAGCAGCAUGCUUUGCGAACUAAUGUUCCAAUUGUCUAAAUCUAGAUCUAGACGUUUUCAGCUUUAUUCUCAGGUUGACGAGAAAAAGAAGACUGUCCUCGAGGAGUCUGUCACUGAUAGUUUCUUGUUCAGCGAGAAUCUGGGGAAAUGAAUCAAGGAUUCCAAUGUAUGCGAGAAAACUGGAUUAUCUCUGAGAUCUCAGUCUUCAAAAAAUAAUUCUGUUAAGCCCAGAAAUUUUUAAACUUAAAAAGCCCGUCUGCUCCUCGGAGUCAGUCCAAUCAGGCGGGCUACACCCGGUCCUCUUUCAAACAGAACUUCCAACGGGGCAAUGCGGUAUCGACUCGUUCCCGCACACGGAAUCAAACUCCUGCAGUUCAGGCCAACCAAGCCCAGUUCCAUCCUCCUGCUCCAAA